AUGUAUUCGAACGUCAAAAACUUUUUGCUCAUUAUCAGCAGUAUUUAUUUAGCCAAUUUUAUUCAACUGGCUUUAUCGCAGUGUGGUUGUGCUUUGCCAAUUUCUCCUGCCUCUAAUGUAGUAAAAGUUACAGCACCAGAUGGAAUUAUAAUAAGAUCACUACCAUGUAUUAAUGGUUCAAGAUCAGGCUCAUUGUCAAACGGUGAAACAUUUAGUCCUAACUCGGAUUGUGCGGGAGAAUCGAUAAAUGGAUUUUAUGUUUGGCUCUCUGUUUCUAAUCCUGAUGGUUUUGUUUGGGCUGGAGAAACUGAUUAUCCGACUUAA